CAGGCUUUUCUCUUUAUACUGUCACUUACCACCUCGACGUGUACGUGCGAGUUAUUUAUCAUCAUCUUGGUGAAUUCUUUUUAGGGUGAUCGAGCACUCAAGUUCUUGCUACUUUGUGUCACACGUCAGUGCUGAACAGAUGGCAAACUCUCAUAAUCUGCUUUGCUCAGAGCGGCCACGAGCUCUAUGAAUGCAUCACGCAUGGAGGUCUGUUACGGGCCCAAAUCCUAGCUAUCAUGUGAAGGCUUUGGCCCCCUCCCUGACAUCGUGCCAUUAAGCUGUGCUGCCUUACCCAAGGCACUGGACUGUAAAAAUGUCACCGCAGGCAUGACCAUCAUUACUUAUUUAAGAUCCCUACAUCAGGAGGCACCGUCGCCACCAAAGACGUAUUGGCUCCUUGGGCACAAAGGUGUUAUGUUAUUACUGUACACCCUGGGCUUUUAUGCGUCCCUCAGCCUGGUUGCCCCUCAGGGCAUCUUCCCCAGGCUCGAGAACAUAGGGGCAUAUAAAUCAGUCAGCAUCACUCCGACAAGAGCCACGUGUGGCAUACCUGAGAGAAGUGCUUUCUGCCAGGCCGCCCAGGUACGGGAGGACCUUCUAACCUGCGUGCAAAAGUUCUGCAUCCAUGAGUGUCCGUACAGAUCAUCCACGCCAGACUACACCAACCUACUAGACAUGUGCUGGAAGGGUGACGUGCAGGACCACCGUCCAGGUGCGGAGCCUGGUUCCACCAGCUUCGUCUUUCCUAACCUGAGAGAUUGUUCUGUUUCCCCUUCUGGUGUAAACUUGGGUCCAGAGAGCUCAUUUACUCUAACAGUGUGGCUGAAACUCGAGGAAGACGACGUAAUGACUCUAAUUGAAAAGAGCACUGUGGAUAGACUGGUGUUCCUGGUAACAGUCUCACAGGAGGAUGUUCAGUUCCACUACAGCGUUCAGGGAGGACAAACCCGCUCUUUAAGCAUGAAGACCGCAGGUCACAUUAGCAUAGGCCAGUGGACACACAUGGCUUUACAGGUAUACAACACAAGUGCGAGCUUGUUCCUGAAUGGCCAGGAGGAGGACGGCACCGCACUUGACACACAAACACUGGCAAGACCUGUCGAUGACAUCACCUCAGCGGGUACUGUGUGGAUUGGCACGAGUUCUAAUGGGUCAAAUCAAUUCAUUGGAAGGAUGCAGGAUUUUAGAUUUUAUCCACAGACAUUAACCAACAGAGAAAUAGAAAAGGUGUUCAUUGGACGGUUCCUUUACCUCCAUAGCCAGUCAACAUGCCGCUGUCCCGCCAGCCACUCCAGAGUGCACCCCCUAGUGGAGAGGUACUGCAUCCCCAAUGCAGCCAAUGACACCACCCUUCAUAAAGUGCUCCGUCUAAACCAGGAUGCUCACCCGCUGCAUUACAUCAAUGACAACGACAUCGGGACCACCUGGAUAUCCUCUGUCUUCCCUACAUUAGAGCUACUGGAUAAAGGAAAUACCAUCACCAUAGAUCUGGAGAAUGGACAGUACCAGGUUUUCUACGUGAUACUUCAGUUCCUCAACGCUCAGCCUGAAGCGGUGCGCAUUCAAAGAAGGACGAUCGGGAGCUCCGAGUGGAAAGACUGGCAGUUCCUGGCCAAAAACUGCAGCUACUUCGGCAUGGAGGAUAACAGGCCUUUGGAUCGUCCGGAUUCUGUGAACUGUCUACAGUUACCCAGUGACAUGCCUUACUCUAGAGGAAACAUCACCUUCAGUAUGCUGACCCCCGAGCCGAACUUGCGGCCAGGCUACAAUGACUUCUACAACAGCGCCGCCCUGCAGGAGUUUGUGAGAGCCACACAUGUGAGAAUUCACAUGCACGGCCAGUACCACACUCAAGAACCCACAAUCCUCUUCCGUCAUAGGUACUAUGCUGUGGAUGAGAUCACCAUCAGUGGAAGGUGCGAGUGCCACGGCCAUGCAGGCAGCUGUGACACAAGCAUGAGGCCAUACCGCUGCGCCUGCCUCCCAGAGAGCCACACACAUGGAGCUAAUUGCGAGCACUGCUCUCCUCUCUUCAAUGAUAAACCUUUUAGAGCUGGAGAUCAGAUACAGGCGUACAACUGCCGCCCGUGCCAGUGCUACAGCCACGCCUCUUCAUGCCACUACAACGCCAGCUUGGAUCCUCAACCUAACGAUCACUUCCGUGGGGGUGGAGGGGUGUGUGACAACUGUACACAUAACACCACAGGCAGGAACUGUGAGCAGUGUCGGAGUCAGUUCUACAGAGAGGCAGGUACGCCACUGGGGUCCAAGGACGUGUGCAAAUCCUGCCAGUGCAACAGUGCUGGGACUGUCAAUGGAAGUUUCGAAUGUGAGCCGAUCGGGGGCCAGUGUAAGUGCAAGCGACAUGUGUCUGGCAGACACUGCAAUCAGUGCCAACACGGAUUCUACAAGCUGCAGUCGACACUGGCUGAUGGCUGCCGCGCCUGUAGCUGCAAUACCGCCGGGACCGUGCAGCCAGAUAUUACCUGUCACCAGGACUCAGGUCAAUGCCAGUGCAAAACAAACGUAAUCGGUCUAACCUGUGACCGCUGCAACUACGGCUUUAAGUUCCUCAAUCACACUCAUCCUGACGGUUGCAUUCCCUGCGACUGCGACCCACACAGCUCCCUCCACCAGUUCUGCAACCCUUUCACAGGCCAGUGCGAGUGCAAAGACAGCAUGCAAGGCCUUCUCUGCGACACUUGCGUCCCUCAGUUCUACGGUCCGGACGGAAGCGGAGUUUGCAUGCCCUGCGACUGCAGUCCGAUCGGAUCCAUACCUGGUACUUCCUGCGACCCGGUUACCGGACAGUGUAAGUGCAAACCUCAUGUGGAAGGCCAACGAUGUGACCUGUGCCGUGAUGGAUACCACACCCUGGAGCGCGGAAACUCUUUGGGCUGCUUGCCUUGCCAAUGCGAGACCAAAGGCACAGUGAACGGCUCAGGCGUGUGUGAUAAGACCUCAGGGCGGUGUGCAUGCAAGAGCAACGUAGAGGGGUUGCGUUGUAACCAGUGUGUCCCUCACACCUACAACUUGAGUUCUGCCAAUGUCACGCAUGGAUGCCAACCGUGCCACUGCGACCUUGCGGGCACCGUGCCUGAAACCGUGUGCGAUCCAGGUAGUGGUCAGUGUGUGUGCCUGGCCACCCGCUAUGGCAGAAACUGCGGAACCUGUAAACCAGGUUUCUUUCUGUCCGAGGUAGGGCUAAGUGACUGUGAAGUAUGCGACUGUCACUCGGUCGGAGCAGUGGGCCAGGUGUGUGCCGCCCACUUCGGGCAGUGUGUCUGUGCUCACCCUUCAGUGACUGGCCGCAGGUGUGACCAGUGCCAGGAUCUCUUCUUUGGCUUUAAUCCAGGUGUUGGCAGGUGUGAGCCGUGCGGAUGUGAUCCCGUGGGGGGCUUCAACGGCUCGUGCCACCCCCAGACGGGGCAGUGCCUGUGCAAGCCGUAUGUGACCGGAGAGAAAUGUGCCGGCUGUGUGGAGGGAGCCAGUCACAUGGAUCCAAACAACUACCUGGGCUGCAGUAAAGAUCCCAGGCAGCAGCCUCCUCCACUCGGCCAACCCUUAAACUCCACAGCCAUAGAGCUGAGCUGGAGGACCCCCGAUUCACCCAACAGCAACGCCCUGGUGUACACGCUACUCCGGGAUUCAGAGGUUGUGCAUGUCAGCCACAGUCGGUUUCCGUUCGGCAUCAUGUUUUACACAGACUCUGACUUGUCACCAUACACCGCAUACUCUUACCAGCUCAUCACAAGCAAUAUUCGUUCUAACACCAGCAGCGCCGUGGUCAACUUGCGCACCCUCUCUGCGGUACCCGAGCGCGACGAUCUCCAACUCGCCCUGACAGGUCGGGCGAGGCCCACCAGAGCCUCCUUCAACUGGACUGAACCUCUGAACACCACAGGUCCCGUGGAAAGCUACACGCUGAGCUCGAUACAAGAUCUGACUGGAGAAGAGCGAAUCCACUACACAGGACUUCAAACAGAGGCUUCUGCUGAGGAGCUGCAUCCCUUCACUCGAUACAACUUCAGUCUGCAGGCGUGUACUAAUGGAGGUUGUUCUCGCAGCGAGAGUCUGAUCGUGCUUACCGCUCAAAUACCCCCCCAGCAACAGACAGCGCCCAGAAUCACAACCUUAGGGCCCACACAACUCAAAGUGUACUGGGAACCUCCAGCAUUGCCUAAUGGUAUAAUUAUUAGGUACGAGCUCUUCAUGCAGCUGCUAAAUGAGUUGGCGGGAAAUCAACCUAGCAAUCCGGAGCAAAGGGUUUUCCUAAGUAGCGGUUGGCUGGACCCAAGGCCAUUGAUCAGUUCAGCCAAUGAGAAUGCUCUGACUCCACCUGAGAACAGUUCGGUGGUGUCGAAUCUCCAACCGUUUUCUACGUACCGCUUCAGAGUGCUCACGGUUAACAUGGCAGGCAGUGCCAUGUCAGAGUGGGCCGUGGGGCGUACAGCAGAAGGAGUGCCAGAGUUUAUGACUCCCCCUCAAGUGAUCCCCGUGUCCUCAUCCUCUCUCAGAGUGAGCUGGGAGACGCCACGGGACAAAGACGCAAGGGGUGAAGUGACUGAGUACAGAAUCAACCUUCAAAAGGAACAAGAGAACAACCCAUAUGCGCCUCCAAUAAUAACACAGGUGUUAUACACGGGUUCAGCGCGGGAGCGGAGUUACACAGUAUUAGGACUCAAGCCCUAUGAGCAGUACAGUUUUACUGUGACCGUGUGCAACAGACAGGGUUGUGUGAGCAGCUUGCCUGGCUCAGGCCGAACUCUACCCUCUGCUCCCGCAGGUCUGAAGGCCCCAGCGUUAAUGCCAUUGAAUACGACUGCUAUGAAGAUUUCUUGGGAUGCCCCGGCCGAGCUGAACGGGCCUCCGCCUGUCUAUCACGUGGAGCGGAUGGAUGUGUCUUUUUCUGAUGCCCAGGGUCCGGUUAUAAGGGGGAGACGCUUCACAGGGAGCGGAUACUUUAAAUUUCCAAGUUCAACGCUGCCGGUUAACACUGACUUCACAGGCCUGCAGCUGAGUUUCCGGACGCGGGCGGAGGAGGGACUGAUCCUGUAUGCAAUUUCACCCGGAGAGCAGGAGGAGUAUGUCGCUCUGCAAAUACACAAAGGCCGUCCGUACUUCCUCUUCGACCCACAGGCUUCCGCCGUGGCCCUCAGCCCUCGCAAUGAUGGAGGAAGACGCUAUAACGACAACCAAUGGCACCAUCUGAUCGCUACCAGAAAACAGGCCGUGGGAACGAUGAUUGUCGACAGUCAAUACAGUGGGUCUGGAUCGGCUACAAGUGGAAGUACCAUCAUCGGUCAGAACACGGGCGUCUACAUAGGAGGCAUUCCGGAGAAUUUUACCAUUUUUAGACAGGACACUGGUUCAGCUAAGCUGGUGCAGCAGGGGUUUGCUGGGUGUUUGAAGGAUGUUUUGGUACAGAAAUCCAGUGGCACCAGUGAUGUUUGGGAGCCUCUGGACUGGGACUCAUCUGUAGAAAAUCACGAGACCUAUGAAGGCUGGGAGGGCUGUCCUGCGUUCUCUGAAGAUGGGGCGUACUUCCUAGGACACGGUUUCCUGAAGAUUAAACCUGAAAUAUUCGCUGGUGGAGAUUAUUUUGAAAUAUCAUUUGAGUUCAAAACUGAUCAACUGAAUGCACUGCUGUUGUUUGCCUACGAUGUUCGUGGGAAAGAUUUCAUUUUGGUGGAACUGCAGGGGGGGGUUCUUUUCUGGGUGUUGCGCUGGGGUGAGGAGACAGCAGAAAUGAGCGUAUGGGUGGGCUUGUCCUACUGCGACGGGGCCUGGAACACUUUAAAUGUGCUGAAGAGAGGGUCACUGGUCAGUGCUGGUCUCAAUGAUGUUUAUGAACAGGAGAGAAAGGUCAACGGUGGUCCUCUGAGAAUAAACUCUCCACUUUAUCUGGGUGGAGUCCCAUCGGAAGUUCUGCACCCGGCCUUGAACAAACACAGUCUUCUGCAUGGUUUUGGCGGCUGCAUCAGGGAUGUUAGAUUCGCGCGCGGGCCUGUCGUAAGCUUGGCGGCUGUGUCCAGCGGUGCUGUCAGAGUCAAUCUGGAUGGAUGCCUGUCAGCUGACACCAGCGUUAACUGCAGGGGAAACGACUCCAUUCUGGUGUACACGGGCAGAGACAGGAGCGCAGACGACCUGACACUACAGCCCUUCACGGAGUAUUUGUACAGAGUAAUGGCAUCAGGAGAAAGGGGAUGGACAGCCGGGCCGUGGCAGCGGGGCCGCAGCAGAGAAACAGUUCCACAAAGUGUGCUGCCUCCCUCCAGAGUUGAGAGUGUAAAUGGUUCCAGCGUGGAGGUGAGCUGGGAGGAGCCGGCGGAGGUCAGAGGUGUAAUUGAGAAGUACGUACUGAAAGCGUACAGCCAGGAACGUCCCUCCUCGUCCCCCAUCAGCGCCACCUUUCCCCAUUCUCAGCACCUGACAGGCACUUUAAGUGGCUUGGCUCCUUUUAGCAGCUACAGUAUAACCCUGACGGCGUGCACUCAGGCCGGCUGCGGGGAGAGCCCGUUCGCCACCAGCUUCAGCACACCGCAAGAGGCUCCUGAAGAUGUUGUUCCACCUGCUGCAAUCUCCUAUCCCAACUCUUUGUAUGUGUACUGGGACCCUCCAUCCAAACCAAAUGGCAUCAUCACACAAUAUAUCCUCUACAAAGACAAUGCUGUUGUGUACCAGGGCAACAACACUUACUUCAAUAUCACAGGUGUUGGUGUGUUCACUCCUCAUAAGUUAUCAUUGAGUGUCUGCACCGAGGCAGGCUGCACCAACAGUACACAGACCACCCUGUUUACCGGCCAGCUGCCCCCCACACAUGUAGAGCCGCCCGCCCUGACCGUACUGGAUGCCAGCAGCAUCCACAUCCAGUGGGCUGCUCCAAUGGAGGUGAACGGACUUCUAGAGUUCUACACGCUGUACCAGUCUGCCGUAGGAGAGGAGGCGGCCGUCGUGUACAACAGCUCGGAGCUGUUUGAGGAUUAUACAGCGCGGAACCUCGUCCCUGGAACCACCUACCUGUUUCAGAUAGCAGCAUGCACUGGCGGUGGAUGCACCCUCAGUGACCCCAGCGUCGCCCGCACGGAGGAGAGCUCACCGGAGGAAGUGCCCGUCCCCAGCAUCCUACCACUCUCCCCACACUCCUUCAAUGUGUCCUGGACCCCCCCUCGCAAGCCCAACGGUGUGAUCAGCAGCUACGGCCUUUGGAUGGACGACACUCUGGUGCAGAACUCCUCGCUUAUGAGCUUCGAGGUCGGUGAUCUGUCCCCAUGGAGCCCCCAUAGGUUCCGCGUCCAGGCCUGCACGGCACAAGGCUGCGCUCUGGGGCCGCUGGUGGAAAGCAGGACUUCAGAGAUGCCUCCAGUUGGUCACAUGACUUUCGAUGUCAUCAUCGAGACCCCACGUUCGGUGCGAGCCAAGUGGGAAGCUCCAGCUGAGCCCAACGGCAACCUGACCUACACGGUCCUCUUCACCGGAGCAGGUCAGAACUUCAGCAGUGUGGAAACGCAAGACACAGAGACCCGAGAGCUGCUCAGCACUGGUAAUGUGGGCCAAUGGGUGUCCAUAGGAGGACUUCAGCCUUAUUCGAACUACAGCGUGCUGGUGAAGGCCUGUAACAGUCAGGGCUGUGUGGAGAGCUCGCCCACCACUGUCUCAAUACCACCAGGAGCUCCAGAUGGCCUCCUGCCCCCCAGGCUUGCAGCUGCCACCCCCACCUCACUGCAGGUGGCCUGGGCUGCACCAGCGCGCCCCAACGCUCCCGGACCUCUGCGUUACCGGCUUCAGAUGAGGACCUCAGCUUCCACACAAGUUCACCAGUUAAUGGACAAUGACACUACAAUUUUUAGUCACAUGGUGACAGGACUAAAACCAUUUACAGAGUAUCACUUCAGACUGCUGGUGUCCAACAGCCACGGAGAAACCUACAGCCCCUGGGUCUCUCUUUUCACCGCGCAAGACAAGCCUGGUUCUGUUGACCCACCCAUCCUGUCUGACAUCCAGCCCAGAAAUGCCUCGGUCUCUUGGUCUCCUCCAUCCCAACCCAACGGCGUAAUCACCCAUUACAACAUCUACCAAAACUACCAGCUCAGUGCCAACGUGUCAGGAAACAGCUCCGAUCACACUCUUUCUCAACUAGCACCCUAUCAGCAGUACACUAUACAGGUGGAAGCAUGCACAGCGGCCGGCUGCUCUUUAUCUGCUGAGUCUCAAUCCAUUCACACUCCCCCGGCCCCUCCAGAAGAUGUCCCAGCUCCAAAGCUUUACUCCGACACCCCCACAUCUGUACUCAUAAACUGGGCACCACCGCUUCGUUCCAAUGGAGAGUUGGACGGCUACACAGUACAGAGGAGGCUCACUGGUGUACAGGAGAUCCACACUGUGGCCACUCAGCUGCCCAACAAGACUCUUACUUACCUGGAUAGCUCAGCUGCCCUCAGCCCCUGGACCACUUAUGAGUACAGAAUAGUGGCAAACACAAGGCUGGGAGGAUCCAACAGUAGUGAGUGGAAAAAUGUUACCACUAGGCCCUCACGACCCGCAGGACUACAACCGCCCCAUGUGUUGGUGUUAGGACCAGAGUCAGUACAGGUUACGUGGUCUGCUCCACUUAUACCCAAUGGAGAAAUUGAACGGUAUGAGAUCCGCAUGCCCGAUCUACGUAUCUCAAACACAAAUGUGGCCAUUCUCAAUCGGACUAUUUCCAGCCUGGUGCCCUACACCAACUACAACAUCACCAUCCUUGCCUGUUCAGGCGGUGGAGGCCAUGUCGGAGGCUGCACCGAAAGCCAUCCAACGAUGGUUACUACAUCACCCACAAUUCCACAAGGCCUUUCCUCCCUGUCGGUGGUUGCUGUCAGCGAAUCCUUCCUGGCUGUUUCAUGGCAAAUGCCAUUAAGGCCAAAUGGACCCAACAUAAGAUUUGAGUUGUUGAGACGGAAAACCCAGCAGCCCCUGGCCUCCCGUCCCCCUGAAGAUUUGAAUCUGUGGUACAACGUUUACGCAGGAACCAAAUUGUUUCAUGAAGAUAAAGGCCUUAGCAGAUACACAUGGUACGAGUACAAGCUGCUGGUUCACAAUGACGUCGGCCACUCUUCAGAAGAGGUCACCACUGGGGUCACGCUGGCUGGGCAACCCCUCACCCCGACCAACGCAUCCAUCCAAGUUCUCAAUCAUACAGCAAUCCUGGUCAACUGGUCAACUCCCACUCUGCAAGAUUUGCAAGGAAGUGUGGAACUCUACAUCCUUACGGUGAACUCAGCCCAUUACAAGCAGACUCUUACACUUGACCCCAGUGUGACGUCUGUGGUAAUUUCUGACCUGCAGCCCAGCACAAAGUACAAGAUCUCUUUGACUGUGUCCAACGCAGCUCACAACAUAACCAGCCCUGAGGUCAACUGCACUACUUUAGAUGGAGAACCUGAGGGGGUCUUUCCUCCAGAGGUGGUGACCCUCAACAGCACGGUGGUCAGGGUGUUGUGGGCGGCUCCUCUCGUUCCUAAUGGAGCCAUCACUGAGUACUCUGUGUAUCUGGAUGGCCGUCUCUACGAAACCAUUACUAAUGAAUCUGGAUCACUGGAGGUUGUGGGACUCCUGCCAUUCACUGUUCACAAUAUUCAGGUGGAAGUGUGCACUGUGUACACGUGUAUAAAGAGUAACAGCACUCAGGUGACCACAGUGGAGGACACACCUGCUGACAUCAGCACACCUCAGAUUCAAGUGCUCAACUCCAGAUCAGUAAGGCUACAGUGGACUGCACCUGGUCAGCCCAACGGCAUUCUGGGAGGAUAUGACGUGUGGCGGAAGACUCUGCAGCGGUGUGAGGAUCUGCAGGCCCAGCAGUCGUUUGCUCCUCAGACUCACUGCACAUACUUGGAAUGCCCUGCAGAUCAAGACUUUUGUGGGCCGACCUGUUAUAAGCCUGAGAUACAGAUCUGUUGUAGAGGAACCGUUCACAGCCUGAAGGAUUCUCAUCAGUGUUGUGAAGAGCGAUAUCUGACAACGUUAAAGGAUUCUGAGAGUGUAUGUUGCGGGGGUCAGUUUGUCCAGCCCCUGCCUAAACAUCAGUGUUGUGGAGGAUAUUAUGUACCUGUCCAACCAGGUGAGAUCUGUUGUCCAGACCCUGUGGAACGGCGUGUAUCUGUGGGUCUCGGGGACUUGUGCUGUGGUGGAAGUCCUAACCUGUCUGGAGCUGGACAGAUCUGCUGUGAGGGACGCCUUUAUGAUGGUUACAACUCCCAGUGUUGUGGAGGACAGCUAGUCCCUGCUGAGAUGAUCUGUUGCGGGGAUGCUGAUAAAGGAACCGCAAAUUAUCCUGUAACGGGAUUCGCCUGCUGUGGAGAGGACUACAUCAAUACAUCCACUUCCUUGUGUUGCACCGGACCCAACGGAGAGUCUAAAGUCAACUUACUGGAGAACAGGACGGCGUCACUGAAGUGCUGUUGGUCAGAGGUGAUUGAUCAGGAAGAUGAGUGUUGUAAUGGAGUGGCCUUCAAUCCACUCACAUCUGUUUGUGCUGACAGAGCCCCGGCCAGAAUCCUCAUACCGGAGAAUUGUCGGCCCAGUGCUGUGUGUCCUGCAUCUUCGGCCGCUGCAGCAUUCUGCGGCUUGUGUGAUUUUAGCCCGGCGCUUUCCAUCUGUACUUGGGUACCAGGCGAGGCUAUCGACGUGCAGCAUCCGUCUCCAUCUUCCACUGCCAUUGACUCCGCCUCCACCCAAACAUCAGCAUCAUCUUCUCUUGCCCAGAGCCAGCUCUGCCCUUCCUCAGAGGAGCUGGUGUAUGGUGGAGUGGCCAACAGCUACAGUUUCACAGAUAUUAAACUGGAACCUUACACCAGUUAUGAGUACAGAAUCGGUGCAUGGAACAGCUACGGUCGUGGAUUUAGCCCCGCCUACUCUGUGACUACUUACGAAGAUGUGCCCUGGGGCGUUGGCUCUCCUCGCUGGAGCCAUGUCGGCCUUCGUGAUGACAUCAUCCAUCUAGAAUGGUCAACCCCUAACAAACCCAACGGAGAGAUAAGUCACUAUGUGAUCCUGCGUGAUGGACAGGAACGUUACCGCGGUACUGAUCACAGCUUCACGGAUGCGGGGGGAAUCCAACCUUUUCAGGAGUACAUGUACAUGCUCAGAGCGUGUACUGCUGCUGGCUGCACUGACAGCUCUAAAGUUGUGGCAGUGACUAUCCAGAGGGAGCCUGAGGGUAUUGGUGCUCCAGUGGUGAGUCCGCUGGGCCCCAGGGCCCUGAGGAUCAGCUGGGCUGCGCCGGCCAAACCGAACGGCAUCAUACGGGAGUACUACAUCAAUCAGAGCAGCGUCGGAGUCAUCCACAGACAUAUAGAGGGGAAGAUGGCUUACAAUGUAACAGGUCUGCAGCCCCACACCAACUACAGUUUCAUUAUUGUGGCAUGCACUGCAGCUGGCUGCGGAGCAAGUCAGCCAUCUAUGGGCCACACGCUGGAAGAUGCACCAGCAGAAUUAUGGGCAGUUCCCAGGCACAUACAGGUGAACUCCUCAGCAGUGGAGCUGUACUGGAGCCAGCCGCUCAAACCCAACGGCCUAAUCUCCAGGUAUCGGCUGCUGCGUGACGGAGUGGUCGUCUUCAGCAGCGACGGAGAAGAGACGAGCUACACAGACGCUGGCCUUCAGCCCAACACCAGGUACGUGUACGAAUUGGAGGCCACCACGGGUGGGGGCAGCAGCCUAAGCGAGGGGUACGUCAUUCAGACCUCCGUCUCUUCCCCAGGAAGGAUUCCUCAGCCGUAUAAUGUCAGCCUCCGUGGCCCCCGCUCCAUCUUUGUUGCCUGGUCACCCCCAGGUGUAUAUAAUUCAAGUGCACCUUUGGAAUACAACAUCCUGCUUAAUGCGGGCACAGAGCGACCCCUCAUUCGCCGGGCUGGACCAGAACACUUCCUGCUGCUACAGGGACUGGACCCAUACACCGAAUACCACAUUCAACUUCAGGCCUGUCAGCCAGAUGGUUGUGGUGUAGGACCAGGGGUGUCUGUUCGGACACCUGAAGCAUCUCCAUUGGCUCAGGACCCCCCAGUGCUUACUGCUAUAGGUGCAGGUGUUAUUGAAAUACGCUGGAGUCCACCACACAAACCCAAUGGCCUUAUAACUAAAUACUUCAUAUACAGGCAACCGAUAGGAACUCAGGAAGAGCUGCUAGUCUUCAUUUGGACCGAAGGUGCCCUUAAUUUCACAGAUGCCUCUGACUCCCUUUUACCAUUCAGAGAAUAUGAAUACAGAGUCUCCGCCCAGAAUUCGAAAGGCUCCGCCUCCAGCUCCUGGGCCUUUGCGCGCACUCUGGAGGCAGAACCGGAGGGCAUGGAUGGACCCACUGCCCGUCCCUCCAGUGCCUACUCUAUUCUGCUAAGCUGGACCGAGCCGAACGUGCCGAAUGGAGUGAUUUCAAAGUACAGAUUGGUGUAUCAGAAAAUACCCAAAGAUCCAACGUUCAACUCCACAACUAUUACCGCUCUUACAGUAACGGGUAGCUUUUAUCAGGCUCAUAUAUUUGGAUUGGAGCCGUACACUACAUACAACGUACGUGUAGAGGCAUUUAAUGGAGUCGGCCAGGUGUCCAGUCCCUGGGUCACCAUUCAGACUUUUGAAGCUUCUCCCAGUGGUUUGGCUAACUUCAGUGUUGAGAAGAGAGAACAUGCUCGAGCACUGCUGCUACAUUGGUCUGAACCUGCUUUUCCAAAUGGAGUCAUCAAGAUAUACAAUGUGUUUAAUGAGGGCAACUUGGAGUUCAGUGGUCUUGCGCGACAAUUCCUAUUCCGCCGUCUGGAACCCUAUACCGAGUACACGCUCAUCCUUGAAGCUUGCACAGAGGCUGGUUGCACACGUACCGCACCUCAACGCGCAACGACAGAGGAAGCAGCUCCUGCCUCCCAGCCAGCUCCUGCAGUACAGCAGCUCCAUGCACGCAGUGUGGAACUCCACUGGUCUCCACCUGCUCAGCCCAAUGGUAGGAUCCUGCAGUACAAGGUUCUGGCUGUGAGUCUCGAAGACUCCAGUGUACGCAGUGAAGAAGACAACUCUUUGAGAGCCAAGAUCGUUUUCACAGAGAACAACACCCAAGCUGGCAACUUCUUCUACAAUAUGUCUGGCCUGCUGCCCUGGAGCAAGUACAAAUUUCGCAUUCGGGUUUCAAAUGCAGCCGGAUAUACUGAUAGCCCUUGGCUGGUGGUUCACACCAGACAAGCUCCUCCAAGAGGUCUGGCUGUCCCAAUUGUCAGUCAUAUAGACCGCAAGCCUAAUGAACUCUUUGUAUCUUGGACACCACCUCUGGAGCCCAAUGGUGUUCUUCUGACCUACAGGAUUCAAAGGGACAACAUUGGCUUUCAUUUUAGCUUUGACUCUAGCGUUCACAACUACACUGAUGUAGAUUUAACUCCGUACAGUCUCUACAGUUACGCUGUCAUUGCGUGCACCAUAGCCGGGUGUGUUACUAGUACGCAGAGACAGAUCAGGACGCUAGAAGAUGCCCCUGCUAAUGUGGAGAAACCAUCAGUGUCUGACAUCACUUCCUAUACCUUUAAUGUGACAUGGGCCGUACCGUCUUUCCAAAAUGGGGAAAUCAUUGUUUAUGUCCUCAAAGUUAAUGACGAGGAGGUCUAUCGUGGAAAACGUUUGAGCGUCCAGGUGUUGGAUCUCCACCCACAUGUUUCCUACAGCAUCAUCUUAACAGCCUGCACAAAUGGUGGUUGCACAGCAAGUUCGCCCAUCUUUGCCAAGACUAGAGAAGCCCAGCCCUUAGGAAUGCCCGCCCCCAUUCUUAAAGUCACAGGCCCAGAAUCAGUAGAGGUCACGUGGAGAGAACCCCAACAUCCAAAUGGAGUAAUAACAGGGUAUGAGCUCCAUCGUAAAGGGAGUCUCAUUUACACUGGGAUUGACACCCGCUACCAUGACUUCACGUUACUUCCCAGCAUAGAGUAUAGCUACACCAUCACUGCCAAUAAUAGUCAAGGGGCAGCCACUAGCCCACCAGCAGUCGCUAUGACUCAUGCUUCAGCACCCUCUGGUGUGGCACCGCCUAGACUAGAGGCUUCAGGGCCAUUUAGUGUUAUGGUACAAUGGGAUCCUCCAGCACGACCAAAUGGAGUUAUCAUUACCUACUCGCUCUACAAAAGAGACCCAGCUGAGCCGAACGUGAAACGCUUUGUUUUUGCUUCACACCACAAUGCGUUUCAGAGCCAAACAUUCUCCCUCACGGAAUUAAAGCCCUACUACAGGUAUGAGGUGAGAGUGGAUGCCUGCACACUUUUAGGGUGUGCAGCUAGUGACUGGUCUUCAGUGCAGACGCUUGAGUCGCCCCCUACUGGCCAACCUGCUCCAUUGCUGGACUUACAGACUAACACUAAGGGCAUACAGACUGUGUUCUUGGUGUCCUGGUCACCUCCAGCUGAGCGUAAUGGGAAACUUUUGUUCUACGAGUUGUACCGCAAACAGAUUUCAGACACAGAAAGCCGCUCUACAGAAACAUUGGUCUACCGUAACUCCUCAACCUCUUGUCAUGAUGACAAACUGCAACCCUACACAGCCUACAAAUACCAGGUGUGGGCUGUAAACUCAGCCGGUCGUAUCAGUAGCCCCUGGGCUCAAGGCCGCACGGGUCCGGCUCCUCCAGAGGGAGUAGGACCCCUCAAAUUCCUGCACAUCCACGCCACCUCAGCUGUGGUGGACAUCAGCCCACCUACCAAGCCAAACGGCAUCAUCAGCCUCUAUAGGGUCUUCACACUCAACAAAGACUCAUACCAGCUGCUUUCUGAGGGGACGUCGCAUCAGCAGACUCUUUACAGACUUAGACCCUUCACACUGUACUCUGUCGGGGUGGAGGCUUGCACCUGUUUCCUGUGCUGCAGUCGAAGCCCCCUGAGUGAGCUCCACACCCAGGCCUCUGCACCCGCCCAGCAACCUCCACCACGCCCGGUCACCAUCACCUCCCGCUCGGCUCUGGUGGAGUGGGACAUCCCGUCUGAGCCCAAUGGCAUUAUUGAGAGCUAUGAGCUCCACGUACGAUCCGGCUGUCCCCAACCGCUGCAGCCAGUCGCUGUGUCUUGUGUCAUCGGCUCUGCAGAAAUCAAAUUCUUCGGGAUUGGACGGACCUUCAACAUCACAGGCCUGCUGCCCUACGCCAGCUAUGAACUGCGUGUGGUUUCUCACAAUAACAUGGGCAACACUGUAUCUGACUGGGUCUCCGUCACCACAAUGACAGAACCCCCUCAGUUUAAGGAGGCCUUCGUGGUGCAGAGUAACAUCACAACCAUGUUUGUGGAUUGGAGCGGCUCUUUCUCUCUCAACGGUCCUCUGAGAGAAUAUUCUCUAACCGAGAGCAACCUGCGCAUCUACAGCGGCUUCCACAGCUCGCUGCACAUUCCGCGCACAUCUGAUAAAACUUUUGUUUUUCAGGUUACCUGUACCACAGACAGUGGCAGUGCCAGCUCUCCUGUUAUCAAAUACAACACAGCCACCGGUACAGAUAUUGCGGAGUCCAAUUCAGGGGGUAAAACAGGUUUGUAUGGGGCUGAAAACAGAUUCUACAGUGAAUUAUGGUUCAUCAUUCUUAUGGCUUUCCUGGGAUUAUUCCUGCUGGCUCUGUUGAUGGGUCUGGUGUUGAGACGAGCCCUAAGCAAGCCCCCCUUCAUCAGAGAGAGACCUCCAAUAGUCCCUCUGCAGAGGAGAAGUACCAAAUAUCCUCCUAAUGACUCCUAUCUGAGAUCUUCCUCUGAGCUCUGCUCUAACCACGCUUCCUCUGCUCUGCUUCACCCUGAUGAAACAAUGGGUUUGACUGACACUAAGAUCGGAGGAACCAGCACCUGCAAUAGCAAGCACAGCUACCGGGCCAGCAUGUCUGUGCUCCGUGUGCCCAGCCAGAGCCAGCUGAGCCAUGCCUUUUCCCAGAAUUCACUGCAUCGGAGUGUUAGUCAGCUGAUCGACACUCAAGAUAAGAAGUCUCUUGGCGGAGGAGCGUGGGACGGUGACCUGCACGGAACAGACAGCGGGAUGUUUGUGGGGGACGAUGAGUUUGUGGAGGCGAUUAAAAGCUACAGCUCAGUGAAGAAAGAGCAAACCAUGUUUACAGACACUCAUUUGUGAUGUUUUCAUACCGUACACAGAACUUCAUGGACAGCAUCUUUGAUUUAACUACCUAUGGAUUCAGCUUUAACUACCCAAGUACAAAAAAGGUGUGAAAAAACAUUUAGGACUCUUUGGACUGCAACUGGUGAACUUCAAAAAAUAAGCACAUGAUGCCUCUACAUAGACCUACUGAAUACUGAAUGGGACAUAAGGAUUACUUACGGUAUAGACUGAAUCAAUCAGCUCAGAAAGAAACAAUCUACAAUAUACUUAGGCAGAUGUUUUUCUAUACUGUUUUACUCCCUGUUUUCAUAACAGGGAUAUUAUUAGACAUCAUUUAUGUUUUAGCGCUUAACAUUGGUGCAGAAAAUAUUGAAUACAAAUAUAACUAUACAUUACAUUAUAGAUUACAGAAAAGGCUGCAAAUUAUUCAUGCCAAUACAGAGUGUGAGUGCACGUCAUUGGUCUCUUCAGAUGCAUGUCUGGAGAAAGGUUGGUAGUUUAGUCCGUGUUUGUUCUAUACGGUCAGUAAUAAUGGAAUCAUUAAAUUUUGUCGUAUUUUGCUUGCUAGGCUAAAUAAUAUAGAGCAUAAACAUUUUCUAUGAUGCCAAUAGAUCAAGUGUCUUAAAUGUUUGAGUGGAACUCAGAACAUCAUCACAAAUGUCACAUUUGGAUUUUAGACGUGGCAUGUUUUAUUUUUUUAACAGAGGUUGUUUUAAACCUACAUUGUGUGAAAAUAUUUUAUUUUACAUGUGUUAUUAUUUGAUUCACCUGUAAGUGAAGUAAAACAGAACAAGAAUUUUAUGUGGAGAUUAUCAGUAUUAUUUUUUAAUGAAAUAAUAUAUUAUUUUUGCCGGUAAAACUGAACAUUCCUCAAAUAGGAUCGGUAACAUGUUUUGUCGAUGGUGUCUUGUGCUCUGGAAUAAAGUGCUCCUGUUCUUGAGUGAUAAUUGAUGUAAUGUAGAAAGUCAUGAAAUGUUAAUGUUUGUAAUGUCCAUGCUUCCA